UGUAAGGCGCGAAAGUCUGAAAAUAUACUGACAUAAAAUGCAUCAUUAGCACAGUGUCUUAUGUAAAUAAAUAGAACCUUAUGGUUCUUAAAAAAAAAUUUCAUCUAGUGUCAUGGCUUUACUCAUGAAAAGAAACCUAUAUAGAUGUAUUUUGUGUGUUUUGUGCAUGCCUGCUAUUAGAUCGCAAGUUGACUGGUUCGGACCAAACAAAGAGUUCAAAUGUCACUGUGAGUCAAGUUGUAGUUAUGAUGGUACCUGUCUGGGUAAUGGAAAGUGUGCCAGAGGCUGGUUUGGUUUGAAAUGCCAAUAUAAAGAUCUCAUAUUCCUGGACAAGACAAGAACAUUGCCGAACGUAAACAUACUUACAGACAGAGAUGACAGUACAUGCAUGAAUAUAUCUGACCAGAUUGUUAUUACUUUGCAGAGAACGGAUAUUUUUACAUGGAUGAGAGUGACUGUUCAGGAAAACGCUUCUUUACCAGGUUUCACUCUACAGUUUCAAACGUUGCUCAAGCCUUCACCAAUCGAAUGUCUGAACCAGAAAUAUUUCCUUGUGGACGAGUCCACACUAGACAUACAAUGUGACCUGACGGAGGCUUUUAAAGCUGUUACCAUCACUGCGACACAACGGACAUCGCUUUGUUCCAUCUAUAUAAACGGAGGUCGUAACGUGGCACUUAAACAAAGAGCGUGGCAAACAAGUAAUUGGGCCAACUCGAAGGGGACAUACCACGCUUCCAGGGCUGUAGACGGAAAUACCGACUACGAUUUUAUUCGUGGUCAGAGCUGUUCACAUACAAAUACCUCAGGCGACUCGCAUCCAAUGUGGAGUGUGACUUUCCCAUUAGCCCAGGUGACAGGCUAUGUGAUAUUCAACAGAUAUGGUCUUAAUAUGGAUCGACUUGCCAACUUUAUCUUAGUAGCAGGAGAUUCGGGCGUCAUUAAAUUUUUCUAUAACGACAACACAUCUGGAUCACGCUUUCAUAUCAUUAAAGACCUUGCUAAGAAUAAAAUAUCAGAAGUCAAUAUUAGCGUCUCAUCAAAUAUAUUAUCAUUGUGUGAAGUGGAAGUCUAUGGAGAAUGUCCAUCCGGUACAUUUACGACAUCAGAUUUUCAAUGUAUGAACUGCCCAGCAGCAUGUCCAAACAGUUGUCAUACUAAUGCCGGCUCAUGUUACGUUCAUUUCUAUUACAGUGACUCACCAACUUGUACUGCAGAGUCAAGGCGAGCAAAUCUGACAUCAUAUAAUUCAUCCACUAGCCGGAAAUCAUUAUCAUAUUCAGGAAUGGAGUCCAGUUCUAUAGCUUCUACACUUCCAGAAGCUCUUGGUAUUGGAAUAACUAUCGGCGCUGUUGCUGUGCUACUGAUUCUAAGUGUAUCAUAUGCAGUACUUGAGGCCCUAACAUCAACAGGAUAUAACAAGAACCAAGGCCAACAACUCUCCAAAACAAUUAAAGAGCACAAUCAUCCAUAUCAACGUUCUGCUGCAGACGAUGUAGCAGGCUCGCAGCAGUACCGCCCUCUGACAGGCCACGAGAAAUUUCUUGGAAAUGUUAAGCGCCUUGAAGGUAUCUCUGAGGUGAGGUCAAGCUACACCACAAAGUAAUGGAGGAAAGCAUCGUUUGACCCUGGACAUUGUCUGGAGAUACAGACGACGACGAUAUAGCAUUUCAAAAAAACAAAAGGGACAUCACUGCAGCUUUAGUUCAUAAAAAGGGACAUCACUGCAACUUUAGUUCAUAAAAAGGAACAUCACUGCAGCUUUAGUUCAUAAAAAAAAGGAAAUCACUGCAAUUUAAAAAACAUAAGACAAAGGGAAAUCACUGCAGCACUAGUUUAUUUAAUGAGUUAAUGUUUAGUUUAUGAGGCAACGGGCAACUUUAUGAGUUUACUUGCUGCCACACGUGAUGUCUUUAACUCUUUGCAUCUGAGAUAAUAAUUCUCUUAUUUCUCUUAAAUUUCGUGGGGGCGCUGUGACAGUUCGCGUAAAAAAAUCCCUCUAAUUUUCCCUGUCAGCAGUUGUUCUUAACAGGAUAUUAAGAAAUUAUAUACUCUUGACAAAUUCGGAUAUUUUUAUAGAUACGGACGGAGGGACGGACAGACAGACAGACGGACGGAUAGACAAAAAGACAGACAGACAGAUAGAUAGAUAGAUAGAUAGAUAGAUAGAUAGAUAGAUAGAUAGAUAGAUAGAUAGAUAGAUAGAUAGAUUGAUUGAUAGAUUUGAUUACAUUAGAUUACAUUACAUUAGAAACAGUAAAAAUAUCGACUUCAUUGGGGUAGAUAUGGUGAUGAGUGGAAUCUACCUUUAGUUCGUUAAAGACAAAUAGAGUGAAAAGCAAACAGACAGGAAGAUAUAUGGAUAUAUAAAUAGAGCAAUAGAUAGUCAGGUAGACAAAGAUACUGAUAGAAAGGUAAAAACAUAGAUAGACUGACAGGCAAACAGACAGACAGAUAGACGUAGGUGUAGGUAGACAGAAAGGAUAAUCAAAUCUUAAUUUUGUGUUUUCUUCAACGCAACAACACAUUCAAAAUGCAUUCGUAUUUCCUUAUUUUGAAAUUUUAAUUUUAGAGUUUUUUUAUACAUACCAGUUGUAAAUUUAUUCAAGUUUAUGUCGUAAACAUUUUAUUUAUUUUUGUCCUUUUUAUUUAUUCGUAUUAUUUAUUCAUAAGUCAUACUUUAUUUUUGAGGAUGUACCUAUUUCUGUACGUGAACAAAGAAUUAUAUGCAAGUUGUGAUGAUUUAUGUUUCUUUAUUGCACAAUAUUUAUCGAUGAUUAUUAUUAUUAUUAUUAUUAUACAAUAUGUGUCUUUUUUUUCUUAUAUUAACAAUGACACAAAAAAAUAUUCUUGCAUCGAGAUGUAUAUAAAUUAAAUAACUGAACAACACACUGACGAAACAUCUGUUUUCUUUUCUGACUUUUUUAUUAAACUUCUUUAAACUAUACAUAUGCGUAGACUUUCAAUU